UGGCAGGUGUACAAUUGACCGGGGAGUGAGUGUUGAUUUUACGUGCUUUUGCUGUGAUUGUUCAUAGUUGCAUUGCCUAAAAUGAAUCACUCCGGGCCUGAGAAGCGCGAGCAGAAGUUCGUGCUCGACUGCAUCGCUGUCAGUUCGGUUGCGCUCGGGUAUGAACACAUGCGCCCCCGGCUCUGGUCGGUGCUCCCCGGGUACGACGCACGCAAUGACCCCCACGCUGCGCGCUACACGACCAUCCCGUCCGUGCAGAGGGUCCCGCAGAAGACCACCCCGUCGGUGCAGAGAGUCCCGCAGAAGACCACCCCGUCGGUGCAGAGGGUCCCACAGAAGACCGAGAACAAGGAACUGAAGAGCGCCGCGGCCCAAAAGUCCCUAGACCUGAGGAACACUUCCGGAGCAGGUCACUCCCGAGAGCAGGUGAGCAACCACAGUGGUCUCAUGUCGGACAUCAAGCCGCUGAUAGGCUACAACGGGCGGUUUGGGUUUCGGCGCAACACGCCCAACCUCCGGCGGAACCCGUCCAGCUUCGGAGAGGUGACCACGUUCCAACUCCAUUGAGUCCAGCGACAGAAAAGGCGUCAUCAUCAUUAUGACGUUCCAAUGAGCAACAAUA